UUAUGUUUUUCAUCAUUUAUGUGCUUCAUGUUUAUGUUUGUUUUCUCUUUGGGGUGUCCAUGAUGAUGGUGCAGGUGGAUGUGAUGUGCUGUAAAUCAGUAGGAACUGAUCUGUCUAUGCUGGAUAUUGAUGAUUUGAUGACAGAAAUCUGUCAGCUGAAGAAAGAGGUGAAGUUACUGGAGACAAAACUCAGAGAGAGAGACCAACUCAACAGAAAGGAUGUAUGUGGUGUUUCUCUCUGUGACUUCACUGAUCAAACAUCUCCAGAUCUUCUGCUUUCUGUCUGUAAUGAAGAGCAGAAGACAUCAGUGAAGCUGCUGGACUGUGAGAUGGAGCUGAAGACACAAAUCAAAGAAGAACAAACAGAUGAAGGUGAUGAGAUUUAUUCAGACCUGAUGGAGGUGAAGGAGGAAAAACCUCAUCAUCUCAUAAUGGGAGAAGAAUCUCUGACCUGCUUGAACACUGAACAGAAUUUCUCACCCAAAAUGAAUCAAAUAGCAGCAACAGAUCAAAAAGAGUCUUGUACCUGCCCUCAGUGUGGAAAGAUCUUCACUCGCAAAUCCAAACUUAAUAGACACAUAAAAAUUCACACUGGAGAACGGCCAUACACAUGUGAUCAGUGUGGGAUGACCUUCAUUCGUAACUUCCACCUUCAGAGGCACAUGAAAAUUCACACUGGAGAAAGAUCUUAUAGAUGUGACCAGUGUGGAAGGACCUUUACUCGUAAAGACCAUCUUAAAGACCACAUGAGAGUUCACAAUGGAAAACCUUACAGAUGUGAUCAGUGUGGAAAGAUGUUCUUUUAUAAAGCCAUGCUUCAAGCUCACAUGAGACGUCACACAGAAGAGAAAUCUCAAAACUGCUCCUUAUGUGAACGGAGUUUUAAAUACUCUAAAUGUCUUGAGACUCACAGGAAGAAGUGUUGCAAAGUUCAUCCACAUGAAACUGUUUAGAUCAGAACAUCCCUGAGAUCAUCUUCAGUAACUCACCAGAGAUGGAGUUUGUCUUUGACCUUCACUAAAUUAAGCUCUCAAUGUAGGAGCCUAAACAUUCAGUUCUGUCAAUCAUCAGGAGGGUGUAUAUAAGCGGCAGUCUCCAUGUCGUUAGCUCUUCCAGCAUCCCUCCUCCUAUUUUUCCCUCAUUUUUCCUCUUAGGACCCUCGGAUUCGAGCCCCCUUCAUGAAAAAGGCAGCGAUUCAAGUUUUUGUUUACUGUUAUCUGUUAGACUGAAUGGGCAGACGAACCCUCGAAAUGUUUUCUUUUCAAACAAUGUAAUAAUUCAGGAAAAGCUUUUCGUAGUAAUGUUAAUAUUUUAUCAGCAUUAUGAAUUUAUUUGAUCAAGGACUACUUGUUGGUCAACCAUAGGCCAAUAAAUACAAGAUUUGUGCAGUUUUGUGAUCUUGUAAAGUUGAAGUGUUUACAGAUGAUCUAAGCGUUUUUAGGAGAUACAGCUCAUCUGAAUUACAGUCUGGAAUCAAACCUGUUAUUACACAAUGAGACAUAUGACGUGAGAGUAAUACAGGUUUAGUCUAGAGUGAUGGGUGAGAUAUCCUGGAACUGUGUAUUUAAAGAAUUUAAUUGAAGAUGUUUCAUGUAUUUCUCUUAGGCUGUGAAGGGCUCGAGGCCUGUAAAUGCACGCUUAACUGGGUCUUUAUGUAUGUCUGAUGACAUUAUUUCAAGAAAAAAACAUACAAAGAUAUUUGGAAGUUGAAUCUUCAUUUCAGUUUUACCACAAUCAGCAGACGUUGCUUCACGCAGCAGUCCACGAAUCACAAAAAACAGCAGCUGUAAAUGUUUUUAAGUGUGAAUAAAACCGUUUACAACUGGA